AUGGGAUCUUCCAGAAUGCGAGACGAUGAGAAAGAGAGCGAGGACGACAUCUGUAUUGAUGUUUACGAUUCCGAUCGAGAUGGAGAAGCAGUGGGGCUUCUGUGGGCGGAUGGGAUUCUGGAGAUGUUCCCUCCUUUGUAUGCCGAGACUGCCCUCCACCCCACAGUAGUCGGCGGCAUGGUGGCCUUGGAAGCCGUCAUUAUUCCCCUGAGCUCCCACAUUGUCACUCCCCGAUAUCGUCAUGUCAUCAUGGCGGUGCUGCCUGGACUAUUUCUGGGGGUUUCAUGUUUAGCGUUUCUGUUGGUGGCGGCCCUGAAAAUUCACAUUCGGUGGUCGAAAAAGACUCGCAUCGAAACAACGUUUGGGGAUGCUCCCCAAAAGUCUCACCAUCAGUCCGACACCACCACCACCAACAACAACAACAACAAGCAGAAGAAGAAAGAGAUUAUUGGUCAGUGGGUGCUAUUGCGAAAAACGCAGGCUCUGGGAUGCGUGACGUUGUAUCGGGAAGAAGAUGCCAGCGACGAUGGUCAAGGUGAAUGGAGAUUUUGGAUCAGUCACUUGACGAUUGCCCCUUCCAUUCGACGUCUGGGAUGGGGGGAUCGGUUAGCAUCCAAGGCGGAAGCCAAGGCUCGUGAGAUGGGAGCUUCAUCCAUUCGAAUUCUCGUGGGAAAUGUCAAGUCAAAACCAUUCUGGUUGCAACGUGGCUACAAAACACUCUAUCCUCGUUGGACGUGGCUGGGGCAUGAAUCAAUCUACAUGGAGUUGGAUCUGAAGGAAAAGGAGGAUCAGGAUUGA